AUGAAGCUGGGGGGGGCAGCUGCAGCUGCGCGCUCCUUGCCUGCAGCAGCAGCAGCAGCCCAGCAGCAACAGCAGAAAGCAGCAGCCCUAGGAGCAGCUCUUGCUGCUGACGUAGCAGCAGCAGCAGCAGCACUCAAGGCUGAGGUGCUCGUACACCCCGAUGGUGCAGCAGCAGCAGCAGCAGCAGGAACAGCAGCAGCAGCAACAACAGUAGAACAACUGCAAGUCAAUCCGAAGGCUGAGGUGCUCGUACACCCCGAUGGUGCAGCAGCAGCAGCAGCAGCAGCAGCAGCAGGAACAGCAGCAGCAGCAACAACAGUAGAACAACUGCAAGUCAAUCCGCUGCUGACAACAGCAGUAGCAGCAGCAAAAGCAGCAGCAGCAAAUGCUGCGAUUGCUGCAGCAACAGGCCGUCUGGUGGCCUUCGUUAGGUUCUGCAGCAGCAGCAGCAACAGCAGCAGCAAGACAGCAGCAAACCUCGCGCAUGCAGCAGAAGCAGCAAUGUCUGUGCUGCAUAUGAGGGUAAUGGUUGCUGCUGCAGCGCAGCAGCAGCAGCAGCAGCAGCAGCAGCAGCAGCAGCAACAGCUGCCUUCUAUUCCUUGCCUGCUGGCGAUGUAUGAGCAGCAAACGGGUGGCUUGCUGCUGCUGCAGCAGCAAGCCCUAGAUACUCUGCAGCAGCUGCAGCAACUGAAGCAGCAGCAGCAACAGCAGCAGCAGCAGCAGCAGCAGCAAGAAGAGGAGACAGAGAAUAUACAGCCUGCGACAGAGACAGGAGAAGCAGCAGCAGACUGCAGCAGCAAAACACAGCGACGACAAAGUGCAGCAGCAGCAGCAGCAGCAGCAGCAGCAGAUGAGCUGCAGCAGCAGCAGCAGCAGCUUUUUGAGCAGCUAAAGUCGCAGUUUGCCGCAAUAACGGAUGCCUUGGGUGAGGCUGAGUUGCUGCGGCAGCGUAUAUCUAUGCUCUGCGUUGCUGUUAUGGAGACAGACUCGGAGCAGCUGCUGCUGCUGGCGAGCCUCAGGUGUUUGCUGCUGCUGGCACGGGCUGAGGCAUCGUUGCUUCCCUUCUCUGCAGCAGCAGCAGCAGCUGCUGCUGCUGCUGCACUGCCACGCGAGUUGCUGCUGCUGCUGCCGCAUGCAUCUCCAUAUAAAUAUUCUGCUGCUGAGCAGCGAGCACUCGUUGAGGCUUUUUUUGCUAUUACAACCCCGCAGCAGCAGCAGCAGCAGCAGCAGCAGCAGCAGCGGGAAGCAGCAGCAGCUGCAGCAGCAGCAGCAGCAGCAGCAGCAGAUUACCUUGAUAGAGGAAAGGACCCCAUAUCGAAUUUACUAUUUGCUGCUGCUGCUGAUGAGCGUGUUGCUGCUUUUCUAUCUGACUGCCUCUCUCAGCAGCAGCAGCAGCAGCAGCUGCAGCAGCAAGCUCUUGCCUUUCUGCUGCAGCUCAAACGUGAAUCCUUUGCAGCAGCAAGCUCUUGCCUUUCUGCUGCAGCUCAAACGUGA